GGAAAGUAUAUAAGAUCGAGUCAGGUACGAUAACCAUCACCAGUCUUGCCUUCCAGUCAAUAAAAUGAACCGAUCGUUGGUUUUGUUCACAAUAUGCAUUGCUGCCAGUGGGAUCAACGGCCGUCCACAAGCAACGCUUCCUUUGUUCGGCACUCCCUUUUCACCGGUUAUUAUUCCUAAUAGACCACAAUCUAUCUACAUGAGGCCAGGCGAACAGAUAAUUUUUUUAACAGAUGGACUACCAAUGAAUUUCAAUGGAGUACCAAAGCCAUCGAUGCAGAUGCCUAUGCCGAUACUAUUUCCUAUGCCUGGUCCUCCGCCUAGAGGCUCGUAUUUGCCAUUAGCUCUUUGGCCGUAUUUCAACAACCAAUUCAACUCUCCCAUGGGUUCAAAUGGCUUGUACAAACAGCGUGCAACUACACCAGCCACUUCUAUUUUGUCCGAGAACAAAACAGAAGUUUCCACAACUAUUCAAACUGAAGUAGUUUCAGAAACCCCUACAACUGCUAAUGAAUCACUAGUUGAUUUAACAUCGCCAAAACCAACCACUGUUGCAGCAGUUGAGGUAGAUCAACAGGUAACUCAGUCACCUACAACUAAUCCAACUUCUGCGGUUCCUACAACAUCGCCAACGUCUUUGAUUAAUCUGACACGCAAGAGUGAUGGAGAUUACAACUUCGAGUACAGCGUAAACAAUCUACCAACCGGGGAUGUCAAAAGUCACGAAGAAACACGAUUGAAUGGCGUCGUAACGGGUUACUAUAUGAUGUUGGAAGCCGACGGGACAAUACGCAAAGUAAAUUACACGGCUGAUGCUGAGAACGGGUUUAGAGCCACAGUAAGCAAACUACCCGUACCAAUCAAUAAAUAAACUAUUUGAUUAAAAAGACAUUAACCAAAAAAAAAAAAAAAAAAUAUUUAACUGACCCGGUAGUUGACGUACAAAACUAUACGGGUAAGCAUUCUUAAAGAAUAAAUUAACGGACGACACUUGUAAACAUUACUUGAAAUACACGAAAGACAAAUUUUUAA